AUGGAGGCAUUAAAAUCGGCAUUUGGCGGCGGCGGCGGUGACAGUAACAAUGAAGGUAGUGGCAUCAAUGAUGUCCAGGUAUCACCGGCCGGUCAAGAUGACGACAUGCCAUCAAGAGAAGAAAUGCUCAAAACCAUCGAGUCCCUCCAAAAGGCCCAAAAGGCUCAAUCGGCGGCCAACGACAUCAAGUCCAAGGCGAUGGCCAUGACGAACUCCAAGAAACGCGAGGAGAUGUUGAGGGAGGCGUUCGACAAGGAAAUGGAGGCCAACGGGCACAGCAAAAUGGCCCGGAGGAUGCAGUCGGGAACAUGGCAAGGCUUGGGGUUCGGAGGUGGUAUUGGGGCGGCGUCAGGUCUGGGAUUGGGCACUGGCUUAGGGACCGUAUUGGGGGCCAUCCUCGCCGUGCCGAGUACGGGUCUGGGAAUGCUCGUGGGAAGUGGCGUCGGUGCCGUUCAUGGGCCGUGGGUGAAGCUGGGUGGUGGGAAGGAGGAACCGUUUGAGGAUGCGGAUCCGGAAAAGGUGGUUGACGCGAUUGAGGAGGAGAGAAAAGUCGCGGUCCAGCAGCAGCAACAAGGUCAGGGACGGGAAGGACAGCAAAAGACAACGGAUGGAAGAAGGAAACCACCAAAAUUGGAGAUUAGGUCGAAGAAGAAGAAAGAGGACAGCAACGAGAGCCAAGAUGGUGUGAAUGACACCAAAAAGGAGAAGAAUGGCGGUGUCAGUACAGGUAACGUACAAAUGGACACGGCGGAAGAAUCAAAACCGAGAAGGAAACCACCGAAAUUGGAAAUCAGGUCGGGAAAAAGGGGUUCGAAUACUGCAAAGGCGUGACUUGGAUCGACCUACACUGCUGGAGGUAUGGAAUAUGUGGAGGGACGAAACAUGGAGGACGCCGUUUUUCUUGACUUGAGCACCAUUUUCAGGACAAGGAUAGGUGGAGGCCUGGAGAAUGUGUUGACGACAUUAUGUUUUCAACAAGGCCAUGCAUGGUAUGAUGAAGAAUUGUUUCGAGAUGUGUUUUGAUGCACAGGACAUUAUUGUAUUACAAGAUUCAAGCCGAGCUCAGAUUAUAUUUCUAGCAUUGGAUCUCCCUCGCUUAUCG